CCUCUUCUUUCAGAUUCGAUCAUUUCCACUCCCUUCAAAAAAGCGUCUCUCUCUCUCUCUUUUUCUCAUCUCCUAUUUAUUUAUACCUCUCUCGUUCUCUCUCGCCGGCGCUGCAAAUCCCUAGAUUUUCCAAUCACACCCAAAAACAAACAAUUAUUUGUAAGUACUCAAUUUCGCUGAUUGAGAGUCGCGAUUUGAUUUUCUCAUUCGAUGCCGUGAAAAUCUCGUAAUCGGAUUCAAAAGUGAGGAUGGUUAACUGCUACCGUAAUCCUUGCGUGAAGUUCGAGAAGAAUUAACUUUGGUCUGUGAGCAACUUUCGAAUCAGCUGUGCUAGAUUUGCUUUCAACUUUAUUUGAAGAUGGAUCGUUGCGAUACCUCAGGAUUUGUAAGCGGCGGUGGAGAUGCUUAUAAGGUCUUUUAACUCUUAUUAGAGCUGUGGCUUAUUCUCUUAACCCGGAAGUUGUUGUGGUCUUGGCUUCGCGUCUUUGCUUUUGGUGUUCUUGACAAAAAAAAGUUUUCAUUUUUAGUUGUGACCAUGCAUUCCAGAUUCCAGAACAGUGCUUUUGCUGGUAAUUCCUCAUCGAAUUCUUUUAAGAUUUUGGGCCGUUCCCUUCAAGUUGAAGUCCCUGAGGCCGCGGAUACUACUCUGCGCCUUGAUUCCCUUGCCUCUCCGUUGUCUAAUGCCAAGGGAAUCAAAAGGAAAUGGAAUCUGAUUGAGGGAUCUGAUCCUUUACUUUCCUUAAGACUCGGUCACUCUUCAAGCUCUUCUGAUAGCAAAGGGAGUUCGGCUACUGCUUGCACGAGCUUAUCUUCUGCUAAGGAAACUGAGGAGGCGUCCUCGAUGGAUAUUGAGCUGGACUUUAGCCUCCAUCUUGGCAACGAGAAACCGGCGGCUAGCAACAAAAAACCAGCUAAUUUGAAAAUGAAAGGGUUGCAGGUCCCCUCCCCGAAAUUUGAUCUUGAACUGAGUCUUUCUGGUGGAGGAUCCUGUCAAUCUGAGAUAACUGCGGUCCAGCAGCACGCCAACCGAUUUCAAUCUCUUGCUGACAUGCUGCGUGCAACUAAUGAAGAAUCCACAUCAUGUGGUUGGAGGCCAGGGUUUGGAUUACCGACAUUGCAAACCUCUUCAAGCAAAGAAACAAGCUCCUUCUUAGGCCAUGUUCCCAAAAAUGUCAUCAUUCCUGCUGCUCAUGUUCUGGAACUGUCAUCUAGCACGGCGACAACAACACCAAUAAGCUCGGGUACAUGCACUUCCGGUUUAUCUCAGCAGCUGAAGCCACAGCUUAAGAAUUCUUCUAGUUCCAAGUUAUGUCAAGUAGAAGGAUGUCAGAAGGGAGCAAGAGGCGCAUCUGGCCGUUGCAUUUCCCAUGGUGGUGGACGUAGAUGCCAGAAACAUGGUUGCCACAAGGGUGCCGAAGGUCGAACUGUGUACUGUAAAGCCCAUGGAGGUGGUCGUCGAUGUGAAUUUCUCGGAUGCACCAAAAGUGCAGAAGGCCGUACUGACUUUUGUAUAGCUCAUGGAGGUGGUCGAAGAUGCAGCCAUGAAGAUUGCACACGAGCUGCUAGGGGAAGAUCAGGACUCUGUAUCAGGCACGGUGGAGGAAAGAGAUGCCAAAGAGAAAACUGCACUAAAAGCGCUGAAGGCCUUUCGGGACUCUGCAUCUCUCAUGGUGGUGGUCGGCGAUGUCAAUCUAAUGGAUGCACAAAAGGAGCGCAAGGGAGCACAAUGUUCUGCAAGGCACACGGUGGUGGUAAACGGUGUACACACUCGGGUUGCACCAAAGGUGCAGAAGGAAGCACGCCGUUCUGUAAAGGACAUGGAGGAGGUAAAAGAUGUGCCUUUCAAGGAGAUGAUCCUUGCUCCAAGAGUGUUCACGGAGGUACCAAUUUCUGUGUGGCACAUGGCGGUGGUAAGAGAUGUGCAGUUCCUGAAUGCACAAAGAGUGCUAGAGGCAGGACUGAUUUCUGUGUCAGACAUGGUGGAGGAAAGAGAUGCAAGUCUGAAGGAUGUGGCAAAAGUGCUCAAGGUAGUACUGACUUUUGCAAAGCACAUGGAGGAGGGAAACGGUGUGGGUGGGGUCAACCCGAGACUGAGUAUGCGGGACAGUCUUCUUCUGGUCCAUGUACCUCGUUUGCUCGAGGUAAGACUGGUCUUUGUGCACUCCAUAACAGUCUGGUUCAUGAUAACCGUGUUCACGGAGGAAUGACUAUAACUUCCGAGAGCCAAGAACCGAGAGUAAGCAGCAGCGAAACAGAGAACGAGGAAGAGUUUAGCGGUUCUCAGGACAUGAACAUGGAUACAAUGAAAGCGAGAAGUGCUACCGGAUCUCCAGAGACUGAUGUUGAUCUCAAUGAGUAUGAAGCAGGAUUGGGGUUAGCUCCAGAAGGAAGAGUCCAUGGUGGAAGUUUGAUGAUGGCGAUGUUGGGUAGAGAUGGUGGUUCUGGCUCUACCGAUGGGCCAAAGAGGUGGAUGUAAGUUGUCUUCACUCUUCAGUUUGGUUCCAGUCUUCAAUUCAACGCGUGUUGGUACUUGAGAGUGAAAGAGUCUGUGUUUGUUCUAGCUUUAGGUUUGCUUAGAGAGUCAAAAAAGGGUCCAAAGUCUGUGUCUUAUUGGUCUUUGUAGAUAUUGAAUUAAGGGUCGAAGCAAAAGGUUAUUGUGAUGUUGUGAAUUAUACAGGUAAAAGCCCACCUGUGAACAUUGUCAAAAACAGUCUUAUGAUGAUGAUGAUGAUAAUAAUAAAACUCAUGUCUUCUGUUUGCAAA